GAAAUUGAAAGUAGAUUUACGACAUUGCAUUGCCGAAGCAAGACGCCAUUUCAGGGUGUGGGACAGACCAGAGAGUUAUGUUUGGUGAAGUUUUAAAAAGGUAAAGAGGCAACUUUAUUGUUUUGGUCAGAAUUACAUAAAGAUACUCUGCAUUUGAUUAUAUCUCGAUAUUAGCGGCAGUAUUUCCAGAAACCAUGGCUGACAAAUUUGAAAGUUACCUGACCUGUCACGUCUGCUCAGAGACUUUCAGAGAUCCUGUGUCUCUGGGCUGCCAUCACAGCUUCUGCUCCAGCUGUCUGACUAAGUUCUGGGAUCAGGCUAAAAACAAGAACUGUCCUGUUUGUAAGAGAAAAUCCUCUAAAGAAGACCCAGGAGUAAACUUUUCAUUGAAGGAUUUAGCUGACUCAUUUGCUGGGAGACAGAAAGCAGGAUUGUCUGAAGAGAGGAGAGGAGAGGAGGGGGUCGAGGUGGUGUGUAGCAAACACUCAGAUGAGCCUAAGUGGUUCUGUGAGGAGGAACAGAGAGCUGUGUGUCACGUCUGUGAGUUCCCUGCCCACCACAACCACAAGGUGGUUCCUCUAGAAGAGGCAGUGAACAGCCUGAAGGAAAAACUGAAGGAUGACUUACAGUCUCUGCAGGACAAGCAGGACAAAUACAAACAUGUGGAGGAGACGUACCAGAAAGUAGUGCAGCACUCUAAGAAGCAGCUGGUCACCACGGAGACACAGAUCAGGGUUCAGUUUGAGAAGCUGCACCACUUCCUGAGAGAGGAAGAGGAGGCCAGACUGGCAGCUGUGAGGGAGGAAGAGGAGGAGAAGGGGAAGACCAUCUCCAGAGAGAUGAAGAAGAUUCAGGCCCAGAUCUCCUCUCUCUCCGUCAGCAUCUCUGCUGUGGAACAGCAGCUGCAGAAACAGAAGGUGUUGUUUCUCAGCAGCUAUAAACACACUCAGUCCAGCACCAGAGCCCAGGUCACACUGCCGGAUCCACAGCUGGUCUCAGGAGCGCUGAUAGACGUGGCCAAACACAUCGGUAACCUGACCUUCAGAGUGUGGGAGAAGAUGAGGGGGGUGGUCAGCUUCACUCCUGUCAUUCUGGACCCCAACACUGCAUCACCCUGGCUCUCUCUGUCUGAUGAUCUGACCAGUGUUAGAUACACAGGCUCAUGGCAGCUCCCUGACAACCCAGAGAGGAACACCAAGUACACCACUGUUCUGGGUUCUGAGGGGUUCAGCUCAGGGAAGCACAGCUGGGAGGUGGAGGUGGGGGACCAUCCUCACUGGAAUAUAGGUGUGGCCAGAGAGUCAGUAGACAGGAAAGGAGAGAUAAAAGUAUCCCCAAAGUAUGGAGUCUGGUGUAUAAAGCAGAUGAGUGGUAAAUACACUAAUGGUCUGGGUAAGACUCUCCCUCUGAAGAGGAGACUCCAGAGCAUCAGAGUUCAGCUGGACUGGGACAGGCGGGAGGUGUCCUUCUACGACCCUGAAGACAUGACUCACAUCCACACUGAUAAAGACUCCUUCACUGAGAAACUCUACCCAUACUUCUCUAUUGGAGGAGCUGGUGAUGCCAAACACCCUGACGUAAAGAUCUGCCAAUCAAGCGUCUAGUAAAUGAUCUUAUUAUUACUGUUCUGAUUAACUUGUCAACCAGCCCAGUCAGGUAACAUAUGAUCCUCCAUGUAUGUUAGUCACAUACAGUAUGAAGGUGUUGGAAUUGGUCCUCGGCCCUCAUACUGGGUCUGUUGUAUCUCUGUUGUAUCUCUGUUGUAUGUAUCUCUGUUAUGUGUUGCUUCUUCAAGAAGUUAGGAUGAAGUACUGGUGAUGUGAUGUAACACCCACAAUAUGUAGAUACAUUGUAUGUGUGUGUUUUGGGGGCAGGAUUGCUUAAUCAAGCAUCUGAAAGGAGGUGGGAUGCAGAGGGGUGGGGAGGGGGUCAUGUAUCACUGUCAUGUUAAGAUAUCUUCAUAAUGGAGUUAUAUAACGAUGACUGGAUCUAGGGGCUCAUGACCAGAUGUGUUUGUGUGGGACUCAAAUAUUUGACUGUCCAGAUAUUUGAGUGUGUUCACUGUACAGUUUGAGGUGAGCAGAAUGUUUACUUUUAAAUCAUUAUAAUUGGUUAUGGUUCGGAUUACAUAGCUUAUAUGUUGUCAUAUUACCGAAACAAAGGGAUUUUGUGUUUCAUUGAUAUAGUGAAAUGAAUGGUAAUCUGAAUGUUAAAAAAGACAAAUCAUUCUACCCACCGGCACAUUUAAACUGAUUUUAUUUGUAUCAUCUGAAAGGUUUUUUAUUGUUUCUCCCCAUCACCAUUUAAAACAUUUAAAAUGUGAAUUAACUGUGAUUUAAAAAAAAAAUCUGAAUAAAUGAUAGUUCU